AUGGCAGAGUUGAUGCAAAACCCUAGCGUGAUGUCUAGAGCACAAGCUGAGGUCAGGGGUGCCUUCAUGGGACAAAUGGAGGUAACCGAGGAGGGUCUAGGCCAGCUAAGCUACUUGCAUUGUGUCAUCAAGGAGACCAUGCGAUUGCACACACCUGGUCCAUUAUUAUUGCCAAGGGAAUGCCAAGAACAAUGCAAUAUACUUGGCUAUGAUGUUCCCAAAGGUGCUACUGUUCUUGUGAAUGCUUGGGCUAUCUCAAGGGACCCGGAAUACUGGGACGAACCAGAAGCAUUCGUGCCAGAUAGAUUUAUGGGUAGUAAGAUAGAUUACAAAGGCAACGACUUUGAGUUCACACCUUUCGGUGCCGGACGUCGGAUUUGCCCCGGGAUGCAUUUUGGGAUCGCGAAUAUUGAGCUAGCACUCGCAAGUCUCCUAUUUUAUUUUGACUGGGCUCUCCCAGAUGGCAUUCUUCCCGGUGAUCUUGACAUGACAGAAACCAUGGGAAUCACUGCUAGGAAGAAGGAGGAUCUGUGGUUGCGUGCAACUCUCCACGUACAGCUGCCCCGCUGA